ACACCACCAGCGGCACGUCUUCGUCCUUCUCCGGCGGCGGCGACGAUUGUUUCAAGACUCGCCUUUUGCCUUCUUCCUGUUGCUGUUCUGCCCUGUGCCUUCCGGAAAAAGAAAGAUGCACGGUCGUCCUCGGAAUGCUUUGAAGGAAGAAGACACAGCAGCUCUAUCAGCCAAAGCAGAAAAACUCCGUUCGCUUCAGUCGCACUUCCUUGCCAAUCACCACAACCGCAUAUAUACAAAGGAAGCUCUAGAGGGAAAUGCGAAGUUACUAGAGAACAAUCCAGAAUGGCACACAGCUUGGAAUUACAGAAAGCUCGCAGUUGAAAGCUUCCUCUCUGAUUCACACUCUGAUCCUGAAACUGUUAAAUCCAUACUCGAUGAAGAACUCAGGGUGGUUGAGAAUGCACUGAGGAAAAAUUUCAAGUCGUACGGUGCGUGGUAUCACAGGAAAUGGGUAUUGAGCAAGGGUCACUCCUCCAUUGACAAAGAGUUGCGGCUUCUUGAUGCUUUUCAGAAGGCCGAUCCUCGAAAUUUCCAUGCUUGGAACUACCGAAGGUUUGUUGCUGCGCUGAUGAAAAGGCCAGAUGAGGAUGAGUUGAAGUACACGGAGGAAGUGAUAGGUGCUAAUUUUAGCAAUUACUCUGCGUGGCAUAAUCGUAGCAUCCUUUUAUCUAAUUUGCUAAAGAGAAAGGCUGAAGGGUAUUUCCCUAAAGAGAACGUUUUGGAAGGGGAAUUUGAACUUGUCCACAAUGCUAUUUUUACUGAUCCAGAUGAUCAAAGUGGCUGGUUUUAUCAUCUUUGGCUUAUUGAUCAAACAGUGAAAAUUGAUGCUCCUCUACUUGUUUCAUCUUGGCCUUCCCAUGGAUUUAAUAUAACUCUACAGGGAAACAAAUGUCUUCAUGGUUCUGGUUUAUCUGUGUUAAAUUCUACACUACCAAACACAGGGACACUCCCAAUUAUUCUUUAUUUCAAUCAAGCUGUUGAAGGUGUCAAUUCAUCCACAGUAAAUGUCAAAUCCGAACUUUUAAGUGGGAAUCUUGUUUGGAAACCGCUUUCAACAAACAACUCAAAUAAUGCUCAAGUUUGGGUCGCAUAUCUGGACAUUAGAAAUUUGGAGGUCCAACUUUCUAAAACUUAUGUUGUAGAGAUCAGCCUUGGUCAUUCCAAGGGUAUUGUAUCUUCAAGUGGAUAUGAUUAUGGCCACCCUUCUCGUGUGACAUUUGAACUCUGUAUACAGACUGCCUAUACAGAGCCUGUUGAGCAACAGGAGGGAAAAAGUAAUUCAUGGAAGGAUGACGAUUUUCAAAAGUUUGAUCAUCUUCAGGAAUCGGAGCCCAUUUGUUCUGCUGAUCAAGUAACUAGUGAGAUUGACCAUAUUCCUACAACUUCCGGUCGAUGUGAGGAGGCAGUUGUUAAUGAAAUUAAUCAAUUUCGGGAUUUAUUGUCAGAGAUUGACUGUAAAAUUGGAAAGCUUACACUUGCUAGACUGUUGACUGCUGUUGAUUCCUUACCAUCUUCACGUGCUAAUAAUAUGGUUAAUACUGAAGAAAUUCUUCAACUUUAUGAUGAUUUGAUGAGGUUGGAUCCAACACAUUAUCUUUAUUACAAGGAUGAGCAUAGUCUAGUGCUACUUCGUCAGAUAACUUCAUCUAGGGAUUCUUUACUACCAUACUGCCACUACAAGAAAAAUGCUAUAGAGGCAUUUGCUGGUUAUGUCAGUCUCCGACUGCAAAAUCUUUCAUUGUCACGAAUGGGGUCAAUUGAGAAUUUAUUAUGGGUUCAGACUUUAGACCUUAGCCACAAUCAACUUCGAUCAAUUGAAGGAUUGGAGGCAAUGCAACUUCUAUCUUGUUUGAAUCUGAGUCACAAUAAAUUGGGUAGUUUUACUGCUUUGGGGCCUCUCAGAUUGCUUAAGUCACUUAAAGUGCUAAAUAUCUCAUACAAUGAGAUUGGAUCACACUCUAUUGACACAAAAAGGUACCUGUGUUCUUCUCCUUUGUCUCACACUGAAGAAUUUGCAUGGGACCAGUUCGAAAUCUUUGCAGACAGCAUCGGCAUUAGUGCAGCAACAUUUUGGGAGCCUUUCUUGAUAUUUCAGAGUUUGAACUUGACAGAAUUAGACACAAAAGGAAAUCCGGUUGCUGAUGAGAACUUCAGGUCAUUUCUUGUCAAAGUCUUGCCUACGCUCAAGUGGCUUGAUGAAGAGGACUUAUCUUGAACUGAGGUUUUUAAUAAAUGAAUUAUCAUCUUUCUUCUCCAACAAUGUAACAUUUUCAUUCAGAUUAUUCACAAAUAGGGUAUGCUUUCCCUUGAUAAAUUGUAAGUUGUUUUUCCUCAUCAGGUUUUUGUAGUAAGUUCAAUUGAACGAGUAUAAAGGCAACUAUUUCUUUCUUCUGUCAUUUAUUUUUUUUCCCCUUUUUUUCUGAACUGUAUGCAGAUACCUAUUACCUGUUUUGGGGCUACAUUAUCAAUUACAUCCUUUAUGAUUGAAUAGACCUUUAUUUCACUGCCCUAAUCAAAU